UUACCAUUAAGGACACAAGAAGCCGGCCGGCGAAAUUACAAUAAAACCGGCGUCUGUUACCCAGAGUAGCCACACUUGAGAAUUCUGUCACCGUUGAAAUGCGGAUGAAACAACAACUGAGCAAUCGUACAUAGCAUAGAGUAUCACUAUAUCACUAUUAGAAAGUGGAACCAGUGCGUUGUCAAUUAAUCACCCAGCAGUUAAUUUCCAUUGAAAUAAAAAAUGGGUCACGGUGUAGGAGGAAGAGGAAUAAUAGCCAGACUUGGGAAAGCUAAUUUUGAGUUGGCCCCUCUCGUAGUAGUAACCGGCGUGGUCUGCGUCAUGGCAACCGGCUUUGGAACCUACAGUAUCUUGAAGAAGCCCGAUGUAGCCUUGUUCAAGGAAUCAAAUCCAAGACCGUGGGAAAAAAUCGAUCCCGAAAAACGACAAAAGCUCUUAACCUUGCACCAGGAGUACAAAGUCAACCCAGCAAUUGAAAAGCUGAAAAGGGAGAUCGGAUCUGCAAAGUAGGCGGGAAAAACAACAUCUGAAAAUAAAUAAGGCCACCAUAAUCUUUCAUUAUGCUAUAUCUAUUGCACACAUUAUAUUUUACCCAUACAAUGUGUAUUGUUUAUAGACUUUCUUUGGUUGUGGCGGUUGUGGCGAAAGGAGUGUCCGCAAUUGGAGGCCAUUGCACACUUGGGCAUGUCUACGUAUUUAAACCGAGGACUUUAACAAAGGAGAUCCAAGAAAUAAUGUGUACCGAGGUCUUCUUUUGCAUUGGGUUUCGUGUACAAACCCAAUGGGAUUUUGGACAAAAAAAAAAAAAAAAAAAAAAAAAAAAAAAAAACAUAAAAAACAACAACAACAAGAAACCAACAAACUAUGGGUUUCCAAAACCUGGACCCCACAAGGGAAUUCUUUAGGAAA